CAACCUCGCUCCCCAUUUGCGGUUCUUGCUUCUUUGCAGCAGUAGCGAGGGCUAGCAAUGCUAAUAUUAGCGAGCUAGCUAGUUAGUCACAACCAGUAGGGUUGUUUUAUCGACGAAUUGGUCUGUUAGCUUACGACAGAAUACAGUUAGUGCAAAGGGGUUCAACCCGACGGGUGUGUAUCAGGUAGUUUGCACACUUGGGAAUGCAGGUAAAGGGGAUCCUCACCCAAUUCCCUUAUGGAUAUACCCAAUUUAGUUUUUUGUGAGUUUAGUUUACCUUCGCUAAAGCUAAGGGAUGCUACUAUCCCACGUUAGCAAAUAUUGGCUAGUGGGCAUAGCUUGGAGAGCUGGCAGUGUCUCAUUAGCUAACUUGUAAGAAAGUGGUGUCCACAUUCUGCAGCUGAGCAGCGACCCCCAGGAUGAGGAGAGGCCAGUAAGUUGCCCUGCAUAGCAUGGCCGCGUCCCGCUCCUCGCGCGUCACCAGGUCAUCGGUAGGAAUCAAUGGACUGGAUGAGAACUUCUGUGGGCGCACGCUCAGGAACCGCAGCAUCGCUGGCUCCACGAAGAAGCGCCAGGACGGGGACAAGCCCCCGAGCGGCCAUGGAGAGGCCUGGGGGGGCGGCGGCGGUGGCGGCAGUGGCGGCAGUGGAAGCGUCAGUGCUGGCCCAGGCUCAGGACGGAAACGGGGCAUCUCGUGCUCGGAGAAGGAGGAGUCAGAGCGGCCGGAGAACUGCGAACGGUUGCGGCCAGCCGUGGCGGACGGAGUGGACGUGAAGAAGCCCAAACGCUGCACGCGCUCGGGAGAGUCGGGAGCAGGGGGCGAAGAGGAGCCCCCCACUCCCACCUCCCCGACCGCGGACGUGCCCUCGCCCAAAAGCCCUCGGCCGAGCUCCCCUCAAAUGGACAAAGACAAAGACGAGUCUCGCACAGAGGAUGCGCCCGUCACACCCCCGCCCCCCUCAAGCUUCUGCACAGAGGAGAGUGAGAAGGAGCCAGUGGAGGAGAUGGCCGCAGCGAAAAUGACUGACGCUGUGUUGGUGACACUGGUGGAGGAGGUCAGGGCUCCCUCCUUGACCACGCCACCGUCCUCCCCCCAGCCCAAGGAGGCGCAAAAGGCCACCAACGGGCUGGGAGAGAUCCACAGGCAGGAGACAACCACACUGGACAGUCUCCCUGGCCAAGCACUCACCCUGCCAUCCUCCUCCUCCUCCUCCUCCUCCUCCUCCUCCUCCUCUUCCUUGACCACGUUCCCUACGCCAGCCGCCAGCACGCCGGCGCUGCUCAACGGCAGCCAGGCACUGGGCCCCACCUCCUCCUCCUCCUCCUUAAACUCCCUAGUGCCUUGCAGAAGCCUCACACCCGAGCAGACUGAGCACGCCAGCUCGUCCUCCUCCACCAACGCUGCCACCACCUGCAUCUCCACCACCACCACCAUCUCUUCCUCACCACCCUCGCCCUCACCCUCACCCGUCUCCAUCCCCCAAUUGCCUGUUGUCCUGGAGAGCAAUGGCUCAGGCAAAGCCCCCUGCAGCCAGCCCCCAAUCCACAGGGAGCCAGAGCUGGAGGUAGUGGAGGUGGACGUGGUGGGCGAGGAGGGGGGUGCUGAGGUGGUGUCCUGCCCCGCUCCGGAGGAGCACACCUUCCCGUUCCCUGGGCAGGAGGAGCUGGAGCCCGGGGAGGUGGUGGUGAUCGACGGGCAGGUGAGCGGCACCAACGGCAGCCUGUUGUCGUCCACCAGCGAACUGCCCGAGGCCUCCGACGAGGACGAUCACGGAUUUAGCGACCCCUGCGAAGGCACCAGCAACAGCAGCGACGGGGCCUUGCAUUUCUCAGGAGAUAUGACUGCAGCAACGAUGUCCAGCACGGCGGCGGGCCUCUGUCCCGCGUUCCCCACCUCCGAGCCCCCGUCCUUCACAGAGCCACACGAACACAGAUAUGCCCUGAGGACUUCUCCUCGCCGUGCCCCGUGCCGGCCCGGCUCCCCUCACAGAGACGAUACCCUCGCCCCCCCGUCCCCUGUCCCGAGCCCUACUGUAACCCCCACCACCACCCCUGCGCCUACGCCCAUGCUCCGUCUGGAGUCCCCAUCCCCCUCCAGCUGCCUCAGACCAGAGGCGGUGGUGGGCCCUGGUGCUCCAGAGGCGUCCCCCUGCAGGCCGUCCGGGAAACCCCCGGCGCUCGCAGGGGGGGCCAAGCCGUGCCCAGAGACUGUGGCUGCGGCUGCGUCUGUGUCUGUGUCGGACGGCAGAGCGUCGUCGCGCUCCACCAAAGACGCAGCCAUCGAGGAGGACGAGGACACGGAGGAGCCGGAUGUCUACUACUUUGAGUCUGACCACCUGGCUCUGAAACACAACAAAGAUUACCAGAGGCUGCUGCAGACCAUCUGUGUGCUGGAAGCCCAGAGGACCCAAGCCAUCCUGGACCUGGAGGCUCUGGCUCGCCACCAGAAGGAGGCGCUGGUGGACCCCAUCAGCUUUGUGGAGCGGCUGCAGCAGCAGGUGUCAUUGGGGUUGCCCUGUCCCCAGAGAGUGGUCCAGCUCCCAGAAAUUGCAUGGGACCAAUACACCUCAGGCGUCGGGGAUUUCGAAAAGGAGUUUUGUGAUAAGAAGCGCAAGACCCGGCAGUUAAAGCUCAUGUACGAAAAAGUGGGCUUACCCAGUCGACCAAAAAGUCCUUUGGAUUCCAAGAAGGAGAGCGACUCGUCUGGCCUCUACUCAUCUCUGCCCUCCAGCGACGGUCCGGAGCAAAGCCUUUCCAGCAGCAGGGCGCAGGUGAUCAGAGGGAGGGUGUGUAGUCAGAAUAAGCCUGACACUUUCAACCAGCUGUGGACUAUAGAAGAACAGAAGAAGCUGGAGCAGCUCCUGUUGAAGUUUCCCCCUGAGGAGGUGGAGGCUAAGCGUUGGCAGAAGAUCGCAGACGAACUGGGCAAUCGCACAGCCAAACAGGUCGCCAGCAGAGUUCAGAAGUAUUUCAUCAAACUGACAAAGGCCGGCAUCCCUGUACCUGGGAGGACACCCAACCUAUGCAUGUACAGUAAGAAGGCCUCCAGCAAGAGACACCACCACCUGAACAAGCACCUGUACCGGCGCUCCACCUUCAUGGCCUCCUACGAGCCGCCUGUCUACAUGGAUGACGAGGACGAGCGUUCCAGCUUCAACAGCCUGCAGGACCCGACGGCCGAUGACUCAGAUGAGGACAGCAUGCCGCUGGAGUGCCGGCACCUGCCCGAGUAUAAAGAGCUGCUGGAGUUGAAGUGUCUAAAGAAGCAGAAGCUGCAGGAGAUCCAGAUGGAGACUUCCACCAUGCAGCACGCUGGCUACAAGUGUGAUGUGUGUGGCAUGGACCCCAUCCAGGGCGUGCGGUGGCACUGCCAGGAUUGCCCACCAAACUCUGCCGUGGACUUCUGUGGCAACUGUUUCGACUGCGUGUUCAAAACGGAGACCCACAAGCCGGACCACCGUUUGGAGCCGGUCUACCAGGCCGAGACCUUCCUGGACAGAGACUACUGCCUGCCGCACAACACCGGGUACAGCUACUUGGACCCCAACUACUUCCCCGCCAACAGAUGACAGCAGCCGGGCCAAAGCAGCAGUGCAUCCAGGGCUUGGCAGCAGCGGUGGCCCUCGUCAGGGCUUUCUGUGCAUGGCUCCAUCCUCCUCCAACUCCAACGCUUAGUCUGAUGGGGCAGGUGGGGCAGCAGUCACAGCAGGGUGGGGGAGGAGGAGCGCAGACGGGUGACAACAGCCCUCCUCCACCACACCCACCCCCAUCCCCCUCAGCCUCCCAAAAUACAACCCGACUCCUCCCCCCCCUCUCCUACUUUGACAUAAGGGUUAAUGUGCUGCCCGACAGCCAGGGGUGGUGGGGUGGGGUUUCGCGCACCUUGGCACAGCCGUUGUCAUGAGUUACCAGGUCACUUACACCUACACACUAUUUAAGAAAUGAAAAGAAAAGGAAAAUAGGACGAUUUUAGAGACGAGAAGAAGAGAGAGGCACAGCCACAUUCCCCUGCGAAUCGCCUGAGAUAUUAGUUGGUACCCUCUAUCUUCCCACUUCCCCAUCCCUACCCCAGUCCCACUUGUGCUUGUUUUUCAGCUGGUGAAGUGCUGGUGAAGCUCCAUUCGGUUAAGUCUGUUUUGGGCCCAGUAGGCCACCGUACUGUACCUGUACCUAUGCCUAUGCCUCAGUGUGGAAGGCGGUUCAGGGGGAGGGUCCUGGGCUCCCUAACCAGAGUGCAAAUGGUGUAGCUAGAUGUCUGUAGUUGAAUAUUUAUAACUGACGCUUUCUCUGUGUGAGCUCUAUCUCUCUCGUUAUGAGUUAGAAAAAAAAUGAAAACUCAUGAAGAAGAAAAAAAAAAACAAUGGCCAGAAACUUGGUGCUGAGACUGUUGUCUUUGAUUCAUACCAGGUCUUUUACCUAAUCACUUGGGGGGGGUCUACUAACAUUAUGGAAUCGUUCCUCAGAUGAAAUGCCCAUCCUUUGGGCCUCGGGACUGUCUGGCACCCUCACCAGUGGCUGCUAGAGUCACUAAAAAGCUGCUCUUCUUUUUUUUUCGUUUCUUUUUAAAAAAAAUGUUUUUCCCACCUGGGGUCCUCUUUUAUAACACGCAUGUGUUCUUAAAUAAUUUACUUUUUAAUCCAAUCAGUCCCUUCUCUGAAAUGUUUUUAGUUCCCACUACAGCACUACAGCAUGGAGGCAUAAGCUUGCAGGAGAAAGCUCGUGAGUACAGUAUAUUUGAGUUUCUAUUGAUGAAUCUGAUAAAAAGAUUUUUUUUUUUGACUAUUAUUCUAUUUUUUUUUCUCAGUGUGUACUGUUAUCGACCAUGUGGAGUAUAAUAAAUAUAUGGUGAAAAUAGCCAUCGAUCGUCGCUGUGUGCCAUGAUUUUUUUUUUUUUUUCGUUUUUAAUUUCGUCGGAAGAGUACACCUCUAAAUGUGGACACUGGUGGUCAGGACAACACAGUCAGUAGCGACCACUUCCAUACAGACCAGCCCUCUAACCCCCACCCCACCCCACCCCCAAUCACGAUUCUAGAUCAUUUUCAGUUCGCAGCAAUUCUCCUCACGCUCCAUUGAGAAGAUUGUAUUUUUUUUAACCUAUUCAAAAAAAUGAAAAUAAAAAAAUGAAUUUAAACUGAAGGUGGAGGUAGUUGCCACCAACAGUGGUACACCCACAUUAUUUUGUACACAUAGAUUUUGUUGUGCUCCAAGUAGGCCAUUUUGUAUGGAAUUUUAUUUUUGUCCCCUUUCCUUGUACCUUCACCACCCUGCUUCAGUAUCUGUGUAUAACAGUCUGUUAUUAAAUGAUGUAAAUCUGUUAGGAGAACUGUGGAAAUAAAGGUAUGUGAAAAGUCUUUCUGUA